AAGCCAUAGAAGCUACACUUAAGAGAGUUUUGGGGAGAUUACUUUAAUCUUCACUACAUUUCAUAUUUUAUCUCUUUUUUUGGGGCUAGCAAUAACCCAAACUGCAAAAAAAAAUGUAUCUUGUCUCAAUGGAUUGCCGAGGACACUCGAAGCCAUUCACAAGAGGUGGAUGAAAUUAACCAAUGUGUGCCAGAGAAGAUCAUGUACAAUGUGAGAAAUAGUCCACAGAGAUUUCUUAAAACAUGGCAAGCCUGGAUUGAAUUUCUUAAAGUAUAGUUGGGUAAGUCUGUACUGCUCCGUUAAUAAUAGUAAAAAUAAUGAUAAUAAUGUAUCUAUUUAUUUGUCUAUUGAUCUUCUCUGUUUUUUCUUUUCUUUUUUUUGCAUUUGCGUUUAGGCGUUGUGGAUUUUGGGAGCUAUACAAGAUGCAUGAUAACAUAAAAUGUCAUGGAUCUUUCUACAUUUGCUAUGGCUCUCUGGGGUAGUGUUAUUACCUAAUGGGCCACUCUUAAGCGAAAUGAUAAAUUGGUCAGAAUAUAGGAUUUAUGUGAAUUAUAGAUGGUUACAAUACGAGUUACACAGAAUUAAUCCUCUGACCAAACCAAACAUAGUGCAGUAGUGCACAUUGCUACUGUAAGUGAAAGUCAUACUUUUCAGCAGAACUUGGAAGGUACCCUGUAUAAUUGAAUUGAUUUUGUUUUUCUUCUUCUUCUUCUUCUGAUUAUUAUUAUUAACUUUUUAAUAUAAAACUGUAUAAAAGUUCAAUAAAAACAAUGUUCAAAAAUAAUCCAUAUUUUAGUAUUUGUAGCUUCUUAGCAUAUUUUCUUUAUUAUCAAAAUUAGGGAUGGGCAAUCUGAUGAUUUUAGAUGGAGAUCGAUUUUGAAGGCACUCACAAUCUACAUUCAUUGAUAUGUCAUGGAUCUAACUGCCUAUCACAGUAGAAAUAGACAUGACAACAGCCAGUCAGCCUCUGUGCCUGAGCUCUCUUAUUUGUUGCCUGUCACCUGUUUUGCAGUGGGGAUGGGGUUAUGCUCACACACAGAGAGUGGACAGCAGCAGGUUUUGGGCAACAGCUGAAUGGGAGAAAUGCUCUGAUAUCUGUUUGUCAGUGGGGAAGUUCACUAAGUCCUUGAUGAGGGUUUUUGGGGUUAGCACCUUCUGCAUGGGAGGCAGCAAGGGGAUUGCUUACUCUCAGGCAGGGAAGUAAUCAGGUUUCUGAUUAUGCCAUCAUGUUCAGACCCUUGGCAGCUGAGAGUGAAUGGAAUUCUCAGUCUCUUUCUGACACAUUCUUAAAUUGCCUGUCAGAGAAAAUAUAGGACUAUCUAGCCCCUCUUGAUUUACCCACAAGCUUCAAGGAUUUGGUGGCCCUUACUAUUAAGGUUGAUAACAGGCUAUAGGAACGCAAGAAACACAGAGGGGGAGCAGCACCUUUUGCAUCUCACCAGUGGCUGCACAGCUAUGCUUCUCCCCCAGCAGCCACAUUGGCCAAUUCUCCAGAGGCAAGAUAUUCGCAACCAAGCAGCCAUGAGGAACCCAUGCAGGUGGGAUGGACCCGCCAUUCCCCUGAAGACCAACGCUGUCUCCGGGAGGGGCGGUGCAUUUACUAUGUGCUCAUUUACGCUGGGUCAGAUGACAAUUUAAUGGAUAGAUCCCUUGUGGAGCAGCUUCAGCUCCAGCUCCGGCCCCUACCUGGACCCCUAGACGGCCGCCCGCUCUGCCGUGUGACUCACCUAACCAUAACUCUACACAUGUCAGGAUGAGUUCCAUCCAUUCAUCGAGGCGCUGUUGCCCCAGGUUCGUGCCUUCGCCUACACAUGGUUCAACCUCCAGGCUAGGAAAAGAAAGUACUUCAAAAAACAUGAGAAAAGGAUGACAAAAGAAGAAGAGAGAGCUGUCAAAGAUGAACUGCUGGGGGAGAAAGCAGAGGUGAAACAGAAGUGGGCCAGCCGCCUUUUAGCAAAGUUAAGAAAGGACAUUCGACCUGAAUGUAGAGAAGACUUUGUCUUGUCAGUAACUGGGAAGAAAGCUGCAUGUUGUGUCCUAUCAAACCCAGACCAGAAAGGCAAAAUGAGACGCAUAGACUGUCUUCGACAAGCUGACAAGGUGUGGAGGUUAGACCUUGUGAUGGUCAUCCUGUUUAAAGGAAUCCCGUUGGAAAGCACAGAUGGAGAGCGGCUGGUGAAAGGAGGCCAGUGCUCCAAUCCGGUCCUCUGUGUCCAGCCUCGACACAUCUCUGUCUCUGUCAAAGAGCUCGACCUCUACCUCGCUUACUAUGUCCAAGAAAGAGAGGCAGAGCAGAGCAGCAGUCCCAGUCAUACAGGAGUGGGCUCAGAUCAUGAGGACAGUCAAAGUGCCACUAUGGAUAGUCCAGAGUUCCAAGAGAGUUUUGUAACAUCAGGAGUUUUCACUGUCACCGAGUUAAUCCAGGUCUCAAGAAGUCCAGUAGUUACCGGAAUAGGACCUAGUUUCUCUGUGGGGGAGCUGCAGGGUCAUCUGGCCUACAACAUCAACCAGUCUGUCAACCAGCCAGUCAGCCUCAGACGAUCACUGGCCAGCACAUCGUCCAGCGGGAGCAAACGUCACAAGUCUGGCUCUAUGGAGGAAGAGGCUGACAGUCCAGGAGGAGAGUAUUACCACUCACCUUCCUCUCCUGCCAGCAGCUCCAGGAACUGGACUGAUGACAUGGAAGGAGGUCUGUCUCCCCCAGUGAAGAAGGCAGAGCUGGAUAGUCCCUCUCCCCAGGAAGAGUCACCAAGAUUGGGCUCCUUCACUCAGCACCACCGACCAGUCAUAGCUGUUCACAGUGGUUUGUCUCGAAGCCCGCACCCCUCCCCAUCUCUUCAUUUCCCAUCCUCUUCUUAUUUCCCUCAUGGAGCAAUCCGCUAUCCCCCUCACCUGGCCCAAGACCCCCUAAAAGAUCUGGUCUCAUUGGCCUGUGACCCUGUCAGUCAAACUCCGAGCUCGCUGAAUGGCAGCUCCCAGGUUAAAGUGCCCAGUCACUAUAUCUCAUCUCAGAUGUUGGCACCUCCUGGACCAGCACCCUCCCUGGUUCCUCCCCCAUCCUCCCUCCCCAGACCGACACUGCCUGUUGAGUCAAAGUCAACUACCACAUCCUCUGAUGGGGGAGCAAACUCCCCCACAUCACCCAUCCUGGUAUCUGGGCAACUGAGUGAACUCAGGAAAGUGAACAUGAAAGCUGAUUGUCUUGGAAGUUCUGUCCUGGAGGAAAGAAAAAAAAAAUUGUCAAGAUUGCCAAAGGAAAAAUAUAUUCAGCUUUGUAGAAGCAUAACAUGUGGUCAUACAUAUAUAUACAUAUACAGUGUAAUAUAUUUAUAUAUAUGUAUAUACCAAGAAGAGACAGCAUGGAUGGAAGAUGGACGCUGUGUUCACUUGGCCAUUUUGUAGCCACAAAAUAAACUACAUGACACUAAAUGGUCCUCACAAAUGGCCACUUACCUGAGACAAGGUACUGAAGUUCUGCAUUCUGGUUGGUCCAGAUAAACUGCAGACCAGAAGCAGGCCUCAACGCACCAGAUCCUAAAAAGCCUGUAACCUAACUGUGUCCCCAGGAUGAGGCCUGUUUCCCUGGGAUGGAUGUCAGCCUUUACCCCUGUACUUUGGGUCGUUACACUACGUCUAGUGUAACACCUCAUCCCUUCUCCCCUUCAACACCCAGAAUGCUCCUUUCUGCUGCAGGUGCUGCUUAUAAUAUAUGCAAAUAAGCCUCCCUUAUUUUCUGAACCAACUAGAAAGAGAGAUCCUGUUGUUAAUAUGUAAAAUUUCUUUGCACUUUUUAAAGUUACUGAUACAUCUGAAGCAAAUUAAGUUUAAGCAGUGCAGUUUUCCUCUCUUCCCACCAAAAGACUGAGGCUUUUUCUUUUUUACUGACAAUCAUCAGCUUGAAACCAUUAAGUUGCUUUGCUAAGCUCAUGUUUAAAGACUGUUUGAUUGUGCUUUUUUAAAUCAAAAAACAAUGAAUAAUAUAAGAGCUAUAUUCAUUCAUCAUUAGACCCAGUGAUACUGGUAUCAGGAGGUUGUCUCUUUAGAGGGAGACAUCUUCUCACACGAAUGUUCUGCUACUUCUUUCCCUGAUUUAAUUGAUUUAUCAUAACAGAAUUCAUCCAAAUGACCGAAGGCACAGCGUUCAGUUGGUUCAGUAUCACUGAGAAAAAGCGAAGACACACUAAAAUCAGGUUCAUGUGGCAGCAUAGCCAUAAAUAAAGGGGCUGCUCAAUUCAGUGUGUUUGAAAACGGAGCAGGCUGUGUGUGUGUAUGUGUGCGUGCGUGCGUGUGCACCCCUGUGCAUUUCCACACUGCUCUGUGUUGAGGAGAUUGGGUUUGUCUUUAUGUAGUUAGAUUAGAAAGAGAUAUAGCAACUAUUGCACUCUGCUUAAGUUCAAAUACCCCUUUGAGAAAGAUGCAACAAUGUAACAUGUUACCAGCCUAGCAGGUUGUAGUGGUUAUCACAGCAGAUCAUGUGCACACUGACUUCAUCUGAGCCCAUUGUAUUCAUAGGAUUUCUUCUCCAGCUCCAGAUUGAGUGGUGUUCUGACAUGAUCCGCAUUGUGUAGAUCAAGUCCAACCCAACCUGAACAAUCUGUGGAGGGACCUUGAUGGUCACCACUGGCAGCAAGUUAGCAUUUAAAUGAAUUGGAAAAUUAAUACUCAUCCAAGGUAAUGCCCAUGAAUCCACACAAAAAUUCUUAAAUUCACACAUUCAUAGAAGUAACAAAGAUGGAUGUUGGUUCAAUAACAAUCCAUUCUCUUUCUCUCUCUCUCUGUACAUAUAUAUGUACAGUGAAAGAGAGAGAGCUGUCUGUGCUUGGAAAAAUUAAAUUAAUCAUUAAAUUAAAUUAAUUAUCCUCGGGCAAAACCAAAGUUUAAAUCUAUUAUCUUAGACGGGGGUACCUACAGUGAAGAAGAGGAGUAGAGCAGUGUGGCAUGGUCGGUGGAUAUACUGAAUUCAUUUUGUCAUUCCGAGCACAGAAAAUCCGUAGAAUCACAAAAUUCCACUAUAGUCAAGGGCAAUAUUUUGACUUUUUUUGUGAAGGUUCACAGAGUAACAUUCAGAAUUUGUGAUGAUGCCAGUGUACUCACUUGGUUAAGCUUUGCUGUCCGUGAUGGGCAAUUUGGCUUUUGCAUCCUUCUGAGACUUCAACACAUCCUCACUAGCUUGCAGUCUAUCCAUCAACUGUGUGUGUGGCGAAUGACUCGUACUCAGGUUGGGAACUCUAGUGGGGUCUCAUAAUUUUCCUCCCAUUUUUAUUCCUCAUGUCUAUUUGCCGUUAUCAUUUUUUCUUUUUGGGCUGAAGUUGAAACAUAUUAGACUGCUUAGAAUUUGUGUGUUUUAAGCCCACUUGCAUUUUUAUUCAGUGUAAAAUUUGCUUUGCGUUCAGUCUGAACACAUGUGUCCAGUUCAUUUCCUAUGGUUUUGUCAGGCCUGGUUCAAACUUUGUACUGAGGGUAUUGAUUUGAGCUAGGUUUUGGUAGGGACAGGUUUAAAAUUUGGUUAAAGCUGGCUUAAAGCUGAUGUAUACUGCAUGGUGCUGCCCGAGUCGCUCUGCUGACCUAAUGAAUGCAUGGCUCAAACUGAUGAUACCUCUUCCUCUCUCUCCUGCUCCUGCCUCCUGCCCGCUCUCCUCCCCUCCUCUUCUUUCCCCUGUAUUCUGUAGCUACUAUAUCAGAGAGCAGUGGCUGGAAGGACUAUUUCUUUACAUUUUAAUAAUAGCCCUGUUGUUAAAUUUCUAUUUUGCAUGAUACUUCAUAAAACACAUAAUGUGCCUUGCCUUUAGUUAAAGAACAGUAAUACAUUUUAUGAAAGUGAUCACACUUUACAUGGUACAGCUGGGAGCUUAAAAAAGCUGCAUGUGUGAUUGCUUGAAAUUAAUCAGUGUAGCAGGUACAUCAUUUUAGGUGAAACUGACAGUGUAUGAACUGCUAGCUUAGAUACUAGCUUAUUGUAAGUGUUCAUUAACUUAAGCUGAGGCUUGGACUGUGUUUAUUCUCCACUACCAUUCUACUAAAGUGACAUCAGAUUUUUAAAGUAUGAGGGAACAGUCUGAUAAUUUGUCCAGUAUCCUACUCAGUGCACUGGACCCACGUUGCAGACAUGUUCAGUCAAGCUUUCUGCUAAAUUAAGUUAAACAUAUCUCAGCUCUUACUCCAACUAGCUUAACUCAGUGCUCCAUUUACUAUCUUUUCCACUGCUUUCAAGCAUGGUGACUUGACUCAGGUCCCACCCCGUGACAUCAUCAUCUGAAGAAUAACCAGAAUACAUUAAUCCCUCUUGGAGAAAUUCAAUUAAGAUGAAUCAUCACAUGAUAACAUAUAUAGGGGUGGUCUAAACCGUAUGUUGGUUGAGGGAUUAUGAUCUGCCCUCCAGAUACAAACAGCUCUCAAUACAUUACUGAAGUUCUAUACUUUUUACGUGACAGUUGAGGGAACUCCUAGUAUGCAGACAUUGAGAUGAGAUGAUUUUUUAUCAAACUACUGAUUUCAAUGUCAAGAAAAAAACUGUACACAGAUAUAUUUACCCAGAAUAUUGUCUUCUUCUGGCAAAAACUAGAAUAUAACUGUUGGACUGACAGUGACAUAAUUUGUUGAUUGCACUUAAAGAGCUGAUCUGGUUCAUUGGCUCUACUGUUUACAGUGGCUUAUAGGUGUGUAUGCACUGCGGUUAAUUGACCUUGAUAGUGCUGCUGUGACAGAUCACUUGCAGUGUUUUGUUUUGGGUUUUUUUGUGUGUUGUAAAUAAUGCACUGUUUUAGAGUAUCCUCACAUUAUGGCGACCUUGGAUCUGAAAAUGCCACUUUGCAGUAGCACGCACAUUGGUUCUGAAAGUUUGGUGGUAAAUCCUGCCUAAAUACCACAAUACAAAAAAACAUUUUCAGAGACACUGCUCAGACUAAAUCAUGUUGUAAGAUCAAGUAUUGAUCAAGUACUGCAUUUGGCAGUAUUUAUUGCAGGGAAAUAUCUGUGUGAAUCUCUGUGAAUAUUUUGGGGCUUUCACUCAAUCCCAUCUAAUGGAAAAUGUUCAGAGUUGGGCUUCAAGGCUUUGUGAUUGGCCAUUAGAACACCGUCCUUUGCCUGUAUGAUGAUCUGACCUCGUGCCUAAUCAAGUGACAGGAUCAUACAAAAGGCAUAGAUAAGUUUCAGUUUUAUAUGAAUGCAUGCACUUAAUACUAUUCUCACGCAUCUUCGAUUUAAGGUUAUUUUUUUGUUAUUUCUUGAGUUGCUAUUAUGACAUUGCUUGUACAAUUAUAGUUUUGAGCACAGCAGUGUGUAAAAAAACAUACACAGAAAAAAAGGACAGUUAUUAAAGGAAGGAAGGAAGAAGAAUGUUUAAGUCUGUUGUGUUUAUGUGUGUUUUAGUUUGGUUGUUUUAAAAUAGUGGUCAAGCCUUAGAGUAAUCCACCCAUGAAAUGGGAAAAAUUAUGGGUAGGCUGGUAGUAAAGUUUAGCCCUGUGAGUGAUAAUGAAUGAGAGACAAUGCAUACACCUCGUAAUGCGAGAGAGGUAAUCUUGUAAGUCAAGUUGAAUUAUGGGGAACUGAAAGAGUGCAUACCUCUGCUACAUGCACACAAUCAUCUAAAUGUGUUACUUUAAUAACACAUAGUGUUUAUAAAACCUUUGACAGGAUCUGAAUCAAGUACACAGUGAUAGACAUGUAGCACUGAUGAAUGGUUGGCAGUAACGUUUUUAUAAUAUCUGAAUCUGUAUGUAUGGGAUGAAUUGUGCAAAAAUACACACUGAAUUAUUGUAGUUUAGGAGUGGACAUAUUCAGAAAGUUUAGUUGCUCAAAGUGUUAUUCAAGUUUAUGUCAAAUGGGUCAAAUCUAAAAGAAUGUGUGUGUUGUAAAAACAAAUAAGUAUUCCAAUAUUCAAAAAUCUGGUGAAAUGAAAGAGUGGGGUGGUAAGUGUUUUAGCAAAAUUCACAAUAUUUGUUUCGAUGUACAUACUGAUAGUAAAUUGCAGUUCAGGUGGGUAGAAGAAAAGCUUGCUGUUCCAGAUUGUAGACACAAAUAAUUCAGAAGGUGUGAUGUUAAUGAAUACCACCUUGGGUGUUGUCACACAUAUGCAGAAUUAACAGAUCUAACUGACUCAGCCACUCAGUGGACCCACAGAGUUCUGUCAGAAUUUCUGAGCCAAAGUGCUUUUUAAGUGUCCACAUUAUUGCAUUAUUGUUACAGAUAUAUACCUGAAACUACCAUUUGUUUCUUUUCACAAGACUGUAUUUAAAUCUGUUCAGUGGUACAGGAUGUAAAACAGAAGUGGGAGAUUAUAAUUGCAUGCUUUUAUAUCUACUGAAGAGAAACAGCAGAUUGAUUGAGCAGCUGAUUUUGGUUCUAAGCGAUUGCUCCCUUUAUAUGAGACAGAUUUGUCUUGACAGUCUGUGUGUAAAUGUGUAAUUUGUAAAUGUGAAACACCUACACAAAUUAAAAAAAUGUAAAUUCACUCAAAACAUUUUGGAAAUGAAAAACAUCUCUUUUAUUUUUGCUAAAUAUCUUCCUAAGUUUACGAAUCUUUUAUUUCUGGUUUUUCAUAUUUACAGAUACAUAUUUAUCUGUUCACACAAAUAAUAUAGAGACAAAUCUCUCUCUAUACCACUGAAAGCAAAUGGCUGGAUUCACUUUUAGCCAAGUUAUAAUUACAAUGAAAGAGAGAGUGCAAUCAUUAAGAUUGCACUCUCUCUUUCAGUCAAAUAUAGAUAUAAAAAUAUAUCUUGUCUCUAAUGAUGUCCCUAUGACCAUGGCAAUACAUCAAAAAUGGGUAACAACAACAUGAAGCUGUAUUGUGGUACUCAGAUUGCUGCCACUUAAAACUACGAUCAGGAGAACAAAAGCUGUUUCUGUGCAAUGUGUUAAAAAGAUAAAGCAAUUAGGCACCGGCAGACUUAACAAAUGCAUUCCAGGAAUAAAUGGGUGAACCUUUAAGAUCACAGAUCAAAAAAUAUACAGAAUUUUUAGAUUAAAAUAAGACAGGGCAGAAUUUAGGAAAACUAAAGUCUCUCUAGAUUGAUCAUUGAGGUUAAAAUUUAAGAGGGUAGACACAAUAAUACACAUAAGUGCAAAAUUCACUCAUGGUAUGGGAGACAUGUCUUAAAUGGCAGUUUUAAGCCCUAAUUGCAACGCCACCUUCUGGCCAGUUUGACUCAUAUUUUUAUUUUUAUUUAUUUUCAUUUUUUCUAUGUUUCUAGUUCAUUCCAGCUCCUGACAAUUUAAAGCACUGCAGCUGAAAAAUAAUAAUUAUGACAAACUGGCACAAGCACAAUAGGGUUCUGCCUCUUCAGUUUUUUAACCCCAGUGAUUUCAGCAAGGAGUGCCUAUUAUUUUAUCUCUAGUUUAAUUUGAAUUAUUUUGCAAGCUGUGCUUUAUAGCACAUGCUGCUUUCAGCCACCGCAUGGUUGUUUAACUAAUUAAGCCUAGGGACCAAGUGGGCUUAGCAUUGAGAAUAUCACCAGACCUGGCCAGUAAAGAUGGGCUGUGCAGAGCUGAAGAAAAUCUAGAGGAACACUGACAGACUAGCUGCAUUUUGAGGCAAAUUAAUGUUGAAGUGAUUCUGGGUUUAUUUUAGGUUGAAAUAUAUUCAGUGACUAAAGCUUUGUUCUCUUUUCAAGGCUGCACCUG